CGCAGCAGCGGGCCAACCCGCUCAAUGAGGCGUCUAUGUAUAUAUAUGUCUAUGGGCUGACCCACCGGAGGAGGCGUAUCUUCGUCGUUGGCCGUUACGUCUCACAUUUGAAAUUCAAACUCAAGUGAGGGAGGAAGAGAAGCAGCGGGCCAACAGAAGACACAACUCUGUGAAAAUGAGUGAGCUGGAGGAUAUUGGCCACCACAUUCAUGUCAGGAUAUCAUCCUUACAAUGCAUGCUGGAUCUGUCAGUCGUUGAAUUGCCUCAAAAUAAGAUUAAGAAAGUUGGACAAGAACUCUGUGCACUCGAGAGACUUCUGGAGGAGUUUGAAAAAUGUGUUAGUCAACAGAAAGAGCGACUAACCCAUCUCAAGGAACUUGAGGAUUCAUUCAAGAGGGAUUUGGAGGAUGUCCAUCAUAUUAUGGACAACAUACCGGCACACAUACCUCGGAAGAAAGGCCCAGAUAAUGAAAGUGAAGCUGUAAUGACCCAGAAUGAAGCAAUGGAUAUUCAGUCUGCCCAGUUGGACGAUGUCAAAAAGUCAAACAAAACCGUUGUCAGGGAGAUGGCGUUUAUCACUAUCCCAGAAUUUGAGAGCAUCCCUCAGUACAUGAAAGGACGUGCAACAUAUGAUCAAGUUAAUGCUGUGGUGCAGAGUAUUAACACAGCUGUGACAGCUAAAUACAAGAUCCUCCGUCAGUCGCUGAAGUCUCUCAACAGUAAUGCACGCAAGCUGCACCAGCGCUUUAAGAACCAGGAGACCAAGGAUACAAAAGGUCAGUAUUUUGUGGUGGAGGAUGACAUUCGUGAAUUUACUCAGCUGAAGGUGGACAAACGAUUUCAGGGGAUUUUGAACAUGUUACGACACUGCCAGCGCCUACGGGAGCUUCGAGGUGGGGGACUCACCCGCUAUAUCUUGCUGUAGAUUAACAAGACUAAAUGACACAUUAUGCUGUUAGAUUCUUUUUAUUUUUGUAUGUUUGUGUAUUAUGGUGAGAUUGUGCCCUAACAUAGUUUGUAUGUAGGCAUAUAUCCUAGUUGUAGUCAAGCUAGUAAGAGGUGUUUAUACAGAAUGUAUGUUUGCAAGGUUGCUUUGUGCAUUGUUCCCAUUGUCUAACAGGUACACAUUAAGUGUUUUCAAUUUGUAAGAUGAGUCAUGGUGAACAGUAUUUUGAUACAUUGGUGACUUCAUUGAGUUACACAUUAUUGCAUACAAGUCAAAGCAAGAAGUAACAUUGUGCAGAAUCUGACAGGACUGGAAGGAGCCAAAUGCCCUUGCGAAUCCAGUCAUCCAAAUGCACACAUUUCGAGCAAGAAUUGCCUGGGAUAUGUUCUCAUUUGUCACCUGUAUAUGCAAAUAAUACUGGAACAUGUACAUGUAUGUAGUGAUAUAAAUUAUUAAUAAAAGUUAAUAUGAUGUUUCUUUAUUAUAUAUUCUAUUGUUACAAGUGUCAACAACUGUAUUUUUAAGCUCACAGCGAUUUAACAAAAUAAAAAUCAAUACCUUGAAA